UCUACUCUCUCUGUUUCUCGGCUAUUUCCUGAUUGUCUCGGUUUGCUCAGAGCAUGUGUUCGAUGGAUCUCUGUAGCAUGUUGAGAACCCAAAUCCACAGCUCUGUGAAGCUGGGCUCUCAUUAGAACUAGGGCUUCAUUUCAGCUUGACGCACUAAUCCUCCACUCGACUCCCAUCUCGAACCUGCCGCAAGCUUUUUUCAGAGUAUCUCUUCGCUUCUGUAAGCAUGCAUGGUGAAGUCUAUCUGCUGCUUCAUAUUUCUCUGAGAUAGAACUUAGACAGUAAUGAGGAUAUUCAAUCAUUUAAUUAUAAUUUCAUUAAUUCAUUCAGUGUUUUCUGUUUGUGAAUUUUUGUGAGUUGUAUAGAAGCAACACAUUUGUGCAGAAAUCUCUGUAAAUGCAGAACACUUUAGAAUGAUUAUUCUAAAUAUGCUUUUUGUACUAACAUUUAAGUGAAAGUUUGGUGAUGUCAUAGCCAUUUUUUAAUGCAGUAGAAAUGUGAUAUAUUUUUUUGAUGUUUCCAAAAGCCAAAUGCUUUAUCCAUACUAAUGCUGGCAUAAAUAAAUCUGCUUAUUCAGAAAUAUAUUUCAUCAGCUAUUUUUAUCAAUGAUACAUAUUUUUUAAAAUAUAAAAAGCAAGGCAGUGUUUUAUGUUCUGCACAAUUAUUAUAUGUGACAAACUUAGAAAUGGUCGUGCAUUAGUUUUACGCAAAUUUAUUUUAUUUACUAAAUCAUCAUUGCAACUUGUUGCAUAGAUUAUGCAUUCAGAAUAAAACCGAACUAAGGAAACCAGCAUAUUUAUUCACAAUAUUAAUAUGAUUUUCUUUGUACACCGCUCACAUUUACUAAACGAUAUGUAGCUGCUUUUGAGACUUGCACUUAAAGUAAUGCACACAGAUUAACUCAAAAGCUUUACCAUAAACCAUUUGCUAUUCCUGUUUAAUCUCCUCCCCUCCCCCUUGACUAAAUGAAACCCCCUUUUUUCUCCUCAUUAGCCACACCUAAACCUUUUCUGUUAUAAUAUUAAAAACUUUUCAUCAUAAAGUUGACUUUUCCCGUCUGGUGGGCACGGAGGUGGUGUGAGGCACGGCUUUGGUGUCAUGGCAACUUUUGCGUUAUCUGAUGUUCCAGCACAGAGAAACACUGAGGGAGGAUAAUCCGUGAAUUAAAGAGGAUCUGUUCUAGAAACUGCCGUGAUGAGCGGGCUAGACCCUCGCCCCCUCGGUCCUGCUCCGACGCUCCCAUGCUGGGGAACAAUGGGGAGCCGUCCUGUCUCCCGGCAGGGCCGGGACACACUUCUGCAGGGGUUUCAUUUGCAAAUGAAUCCCCACACUGAUGAAAAUGUAGAGGGCAAAGCCUCACAAUGAAAGGGAUUCAUAGAAAAUUGCAAUUUGUAAAUCAACUUGUAUGUAAAACAGCAAGAUUUUUUUUGAAGGAUACAAAGAACGGGUUGGAUGAGAAAGAGAGAGAGAGGGAGAAAGAUGGAAGUCUGAAGGGAGGCCACAGUCUCAUAGGGGGGGACACAGAGCCCAGGCUGGAUGACCCCCCUUGCAAGGAUUCGGGUGCCCAUGUCUGUGGCAGAUGCUGUGCAGAGUUCUUUGAACUGUCGGAUCUUGAACAACACCAGAAGAAUUGCACUAAGAAUCAAUUAGUUCUGAUAGUGAAUGAGAAUCCUGUGUCUCCUUCCGGAACCUUCUCUCCAGGCUCUUCUCCCCAUAAUCCUGACGAGCAGGCGAAUGACACGACUAAUAACACAGAUCAAGUGGAGUGUGCUGACCUUUUAGACCAUAACUCACUGGAUAAAGAAGAAGCCAUGGAUAUGGACGUGUCUGCAAUCUCUGUUAGCCAUGACGAUGGAAGUGGACACAUGGAGGAAAGCAGCCCCAUCAACGGCAGCAGCGAAGGAAGCCAUGGCGGUAGGGGUAGUACUGGAUCCAAUCUGGGCAGCUCUGCUAUCUCAGCCUCACUACCUCAGCUUGAUAAUCUGACAGAACUGGGAAACUUCUCUGUGAUGAACAGCAAUGUUAUUAUUGAAAAUCUCCAGAGCACCAAAGUGGCGGUGGCCCAGUUCUCUCAGGAGACAAGAUCAGCAGGAGGCCAGAGGAUUGCAGUGCCCGCUCUUAUGGAGCAACUUCUAGCCCUGCAACAGCAGCAGAUUCACCAGUUGCAGCUAAUAGAGCAGAUUCGUCAUCAAAUUCUAUUGUUGGCAUCCCAGUCUCCUGAGCUACAGGUGCCACCAAAUUCUUCCCCUGGGACUCUGGCUUCAUCCACCAACCCACUAACCACACUCAGCUCUCACCUGUCCCAGCAGCUAGCAGCUGCAGCAGGGCUAGCACAGAGUCUAGCCAGCCAGUCUGCUAGCAUUAGUAGCCUGAAGCAGAUAGCUAGUGCAGCACAGCUACCUCAAAGCAACUCUGGAAUGGGAGAGACAUCUCAGAGUCUGGGAGCACUUGGCACAGCUGUGGUGAAUACACAAACAUCAGACAAGAGGGCUGGAUAUGCUGGAAGUCUCCAUUCCCAGCUAGGAACCCCUUCACUGGCAAAGUCAUCUACACCAUCCUUUGGGAUUGGAAGUCUGCUGAAUCCUGUGGCUAACUCACUUCUACCUCAGCCCCCACCAGGAAAUCCAAUGUUCUCCAGUGCUCUUCCAAGUGUUGGAACCACAGUGGAGGAUCUCAGUUCACUUGCUGCAUUAGCCCAGCAAAGGAAAAGCAAGCAACCCAGUGUAUCUUCCUUUGAACCUAAGAGCAGCUCAGAGGAGGCAUUCUUCAAACAUAAGUGCAGGUUUUGUGCCAAGGUGUUUGGGAGUGACAGUGCCUUGCAGAUCCAUUUGCGUUCGCAUACAGGAGAGAGGCCAUACAAAUGCAACAUCUGUGGCAACCGCUUUUCGACUCGUGGCAACUUGAAGGUUCAUUUUCAACGUCAUAAAGAGAAGUAUCCUCACAUCCAGAUGAACCCAUACCCAGUACCAGAGCAUUUGGACAAUAUUCCAACCAGCACUGGAAUUCCAUAUGGCAUGUCAAUGGCACCAGAGAAGCCAGUCACUAGUUGGCUAGAUAGUAAGCCUGUUUUAUCUACUCUGAGCUCAUCAGUUGGCAUGUUGCUCCCACCCACUAUACCAAGCUUACCCCCGUUCAUCAAGAAAGAGGAAAAUCAUUCCGUGGCCAUUACAAGCCCUUCCCAUUCUGCUAAGAGUGACUCAGGUCCAGCAGAGCCUUCCACAAAAAGCAGUGAUGGUGUGUCAGAAGAAGGUGAUGUUGCAACCUUGCCUACCUCAAAUGGGAAAACUGAAGAAAGCAGCCAGCCUUCUAGCUUCACAACAAACACAAGCUCUGUGGGAGAGAGCAAGAUAGAGUACACUACUUCUAACAGCCCUCCUAUGUCUACCAACCCACUGAUGCCCCUGAUGUCAGAGCAGUUUAAGGCUAAGUUCCCAUUUGGAGGACUCCUUGAUCCCUUGCAAGGUUCAGAGACUUCAAAACUGCAGCAAUUAGUAGAAAAUAUUGACAGGAAAGUGACAGACCCUAAUGAGUGUGUCAUCUGCCACAGAGUUCUCAGCUGUCAGAGUGCACUGAAAAUGCACUAUCGUACCCAUACUGGGGAACGGCCCUUUAAGUGCAAAAUCUGUGGUCGUGCCUUUACCACUAAGGGCAACCUGAAGACCCACUACAGCGUCCAUCGUGCCAUGCCACCUCUGAGGGUGCAGCACUCUUGUCCUAUCUGCCAGAAGAAGUUCACUAAUGCUGUUGUCUUGCAGCAGCACAUCCGCAUGCACAUGGGCGGCCAGAUUCCCAACACCCCUCUCCAUGACAACUACCCAGAGUCUAUGGGCUCUGACGCUGGCUCAUUUGAAGAGAGAAACUUUGACGACUUAGAUAACUUCUCAGAUGACAACAUGGAGGGAAUGGAAGAUGGUCCAGAUAGCAGUGUUCCAGACACACCCAAAUCUGUUGAUGCAUCCCAGGACAGCCUGUGUUCGUCACCUGUGCCACUGGAGCAAUCAGCUGUUGACCAUCAGGAUAAGAACUCACCCCAGGGGCUGAUAGAAGAUUCACAGUUAAACAGGGCUAAAAUGACAGAAAACGGCUCAGUUGAAGGUGAUCACUUCACUAAUGAUUCCUCCUCACCAGGAGGUGAUGUGGAGAGCCAAAGUGCAGGAAGUCCAGCUGCCUCUGAAUCUACCUCCUCCAUGCAAGCUCCAUCACCUUCUAGUGGUGCUCCCCAGCACCGCAAAUCCCCCAGUCUGGAGGAUCGUCAGCAGAGGGCACUAUCACUGGAGCACAUAAGUGCAGGCCUCAUGCAAUCCCAUUCCUCAGGUCUAGGGGCUCUUGACCUAACCUCCAUGAACCCCUCUAAAGACCCUCUGGGCAUGCUUUUCCCCUUUCGUGAGCGAGGCCCUUCUAAGAACACGUCAUGUGACAUUUGUGGAAAGACAUUUGCCUGUCAGAGUGCCUUGGACAUCCAUUACCGAAGCCAUACCAAAGAAAGACCUUUCAUUUGCACAGCCUGCAACCGGGGCUUCUCCACCAAGGGUAAUCUAAAGCAACACAUGCUGACCCACCAAAUGAGAGAUCUGCCCUCCCAGCUCUUUGAGCCCAGCACCAGCCUGGCAUCCAGCCCUACUCCAUCUCUGAUUUCUGUUGGAUCGUUGCCCUCCUUGAUUAAGGCUGAAAACGGUUUCCUCCAUGCUCCUCAACAUGACAGUAAAGACCUUCCCUCAAGCAUGGUGACCUCUUCUGCUUCUACAUCUCCAGUGCUUUCAGCUGCACCUCCAAGACGGACGCCCAAGCAGCACUACUGCAACACAUGUGGGAAGAUGUUCUCCUCUUCUAGUGCCCUACAGAUCCAUGAGAGGACCCACACUGGGGAGAAGCCCUUUGCUUGCACCAUCUGUGGACGUGCAUUCACCACUAAAGGAAAUCUCAAGGUGCAUAUGGGUACUCACAUGUGGAACAGUGCCCCAGCGAGACGAGGACGCAGACUCUCUGUAGAUGGCCCUAUGGCCUUCCUGGGCACAAACCCAGUCAAGUUCCCUGAGCUCUUUCAGAAAGACUUAUCCAGCAGGGUAGGCAACGGAGACCCAGCUAGCUUCUGGAAUCAGUAUGCCGCCGCCUUCUCCAAUGGCCUGGCUAUGAAGACCAAUGAGAUAUCUGUGAUCCAGAAUGGAGGCUUGCCGCCGUCUCUGUCUGGAAGCGUGGGUAACGGGGGCAGUUCUCCCAUCGGUGGCCUGACAGGCAGCAUGGACAAGCUGCAUAACUCAGAAUCCAAUGCAGCACUAGCUGGCCUCGAGAAAAUGGCCAACACGGAAAACGGCACUCACUUCCGCUUCACUCGUUUUAUGGAGGACAACAAGGAGAUUGUCACUAACUAAAGGACAAAGCAGCGCUUCUAUGGUACAAGCUGAUACACACGAACACAAACACUUGCAAGACAUGUACUCAGACAUGCACAACAGGAGAACAAGUGCAAGAAAAAGAAUGAGACUUUAGUUACAGACGAGAACUUGCUUUUUUGUACAAUGUACAACAUGUUAAUGUUUUACAAAGCUUAUUUAUUAGUGAUUAUAACCUUGCUCGAAAAUCGAAGUGGAAACAUUAACAAUUACUUACGUUUUUUGUUCUGUUUUACCACCAGAACGGAGCUGUGUGAUUGUGUAAAAGUGUGCUUUUGGAACUUUUAGCAUUUCUGGAUAGAUAACCUUUUACGUUAGUAUUAAAUUAUUUCUAUCUGUAGUAUGUAUAACAAAACUGUUCAUGUUUGUGAUGCAUUAGAGCUUGAAUACGCAAAAGCAAAAGAUUGUAAAUAAUGUACACUGAUCUGUGCUAGAUGGUUUACCAGCUGUGUAUUAACUUUUCCCCCUCGUUAAAAAAUAGCCUAUGAUUUUUUUUUUCAUCAGGACACACAAGAUAGGUCUAUUAUCAAACUUUUAUUUAAGUAAAAACAAAGCAAGCAUAACGACAUCUCAGCUGUUUUUAGAAAUUAAUCCUUGUUUUCAGUGUUUAUUGUAUUGUGGUUUUUCACUUUCUCACUAUUUUUGUUUAGUUUUAUUUCCUUUAUUUCUUGUUGCUAUACACUACAAAGCUUUGAAUAGCUUAAUUGUUACAUGAGCAAACACAAAGGAAGGUCUACAUGGUUUAUACCUGAGAAAGAAAUUAAAUGCAUUCUGUCCGUUACACUUGUUGAAGUAAACAUGAGCUGGUUUUCCAAAUCUU